CGCCUCGGUCACACUGCACUUCGGAUUUGCCGGUUGUUUGGAUCGCAGGUUGAAUCGGAAAGCCGCCAGUGUCGGUUCGGUAAAGAGCCAGUCUUCGCGUCGCGAGUGCGCCAAGAGAUUCAAGAGAAUUCAAAGACUUGCGUGAGAGGUGGUGUCCGCCCAGUGAAAACCAGCCAUGAUGCCGCUGCAGGAGUCGCCGUCGCCCAGUUGGCAGCUGGAGGACUACGCGUUCUUCCGCAAAUGCGGGGAAAUCACCGCCUCGCCGGACGUGCAGAGUUUCGGCUUCAAUUGCGCCUUCUGUCCGGCCAUCUGCCUGCAGUUCUCCGUGUUCAUGGACCACAUCCGGGUGCAGCACACACAGGACGUGAGCCGGCGCUACGAGACCGAGGAGGAGAGGAGUCCGCAAACCGAUCUGGUCAUCAUGGAACUCGACUGCCCCGAGAUAUAUCCGCCGGAGGAGCCUAGGAAACUCAGCUGGGAGGCCGACAUGGAUAUCCAGCUAAUGAGCUUCGUACCGCCGUCUCCCGCAGUGCAUACGCCAACAUCUCCAACACCACCACCCCCACCUGAAACAGCCGAAACACCAGAAAUAGAUUUGGUCUAUGUGGUUGAAAAUCCAUUACCACCCUCGCCGCCGCCUUCCGCUGACAUUUCGGGCGACGAGCUGGCGGGGAACAGUCCGCAGUCCUUCGACCUGGAUCCCUUUGCCGUGCUGCACGAGGUGGUAACGAUGACUCCGCCCACUCCCAUUGCUCCACCACCCGGCCCGACCCCGACUCCAACAUCGACUCCGGCCCCACUGCCGAGGUACGAGACACGACGCGUGGCACUGCAACGCAAGCUUCGUCAGUCGCAAAACGAGAUACUUAAAGAUGGGGAGGUGGACGUGGUCGCGGUGGCGGAGCACAAGGGAAGGGAUCCCAGUGGGCAGCCGGAGAAGAGCGCUAUGGAACUAACACCACCUGCAACGCCCCCCACCCCUUUGCCGCCCACUUCGCCAACGAGCAGCACCGCGAGCUGUGUGGAUUUCCAUUCAAAAAGUAGCAGGGAGCUGGAGCGCAAUCACGAGUUCGUUGGUUGCCUGCUGAGGGUGUACGAGCGCACGGAAAAGCUGUGGAACCCCGGGCACCCGGACUACAAGUACAAUGCCAAGCGCAGUGCUUACGGGGAGCUGGCCGGUCCGCUGGAGGCCAUUUGCCACAGGCAGCUCUCCGGAUCCGAGAUCUUCGCUGUGUUGAAGGAGUUGAGGGGCAGAUUCCGCCGCGAGCUGAAAAAAGUGAAUGCACUCGGCGGAAAGUACAAGUCGCGGCUGUGGUACUUUGAUAAGAUGCUCUUUUUGCGAAGAGUCAUUGAAAACAGGCGAGCAGAAAAAGAAUCCAAGAUGUCCAAUGAGAGCACAGAGAGCGAAAGGUCGUGCGAAACGGACGCAGAUUCCUGCGGUAAAUCAUCAUUGUAUCAUGAGGUUCUGAGUUUCAUUCUGGAUGCCUUCAAGAGGCAGGAAUGCCUUUGGAAUCCGCAACACUACGACUACACCAGCUGCUGUAAGACGGAGCUGUUUCGCGACAUCUCAGUCCAGUUGCAGGAGGAACUCAACUACGAGCUGAGCGGCGAGGAAUGCUGCAACGAGAUCCAAAAACUUAGGACACGUUACCGCAAGGAGCUCCGCAUGGUUAUCAAGCACAAGGGAUUGUAUCUCCCCAAGUUAUGGUGCUACGAUGAAAUGGAAUUCCUGCAACCAAUUUUGCAGGAGCAGAUCUUCAACAAGAUCAGCAAGAAAGUAGGGGUGGUGGGAAGCAAUCAGAAGACUAAGUUCAUCGAUGCCAGCUCAAUUCGUUUUGACAAUUCUGAGAAUCAGCUGCAGUUCGUAGAGAUCUACCACAACUACUCGGCUCUGUGGGAUGUGGACCAUCCCGACUUUCGAUCGAAUGCGUAUCGUAGUCAAGCUUUGGGUCAAAUGUUGGAUGAGAUAAACACCACCUUUCACACUUCCUACUCUGGGGAGCAGUUGGAAAAGACCUUGUUCAAUCUGCGUAAAGACUUUUCGGCGCAGAAACGUAAGAUACUUACGGAGUCUGAAGACUCCAGCAGCAUUCCACUGCUGCAUGCCAAACUGGCAGAGUUCCUAGACCAAAAUCUUGGACCUUUUCGUUGCGAUGUAUGCUCAGACCUCGUCAAAACCUGCGAUCAGUAUAAGGUGCACCGAUCCGCACACGAUGGCACCCAGCCCUUCAUCUGCACUCUGUGCGGAAAGGGUUUCCAGAUGCCUUGCAACCUGACAGUGCAUAUCAGACGACAUCGGAGGGAUUUCCCAUAUUCCUGCGAACAAUGCGACAAGCGCUUUGCCACAUCGACGGAGGUGGCUAUCCACUUGCGCACCCACACCGGUGAGCGGCCAUACAUAUGCGACCUCUGCGGCAAGUCAUUCAAGACGUGGUCCUUCUUCGACAUCCAUCGGCGCCGUCACCUCAACCAGUCGACAUUCCACUGCCCCAUUUGCGCAAAAGGUUUCUACGAGAAGAACCGUUUUACUGACCACAUGAACUCCCACUGGGCGAUCCGUAAGCACUUGUGCACGGUGUGCGGAAAGACCUUCACCACGUACGGCAACCUCAAAAAGCACACGGAGCUGCACUUGGCUGUGAAGAAAUACAAGUGCAUCACGUGCGGCAAGCGAUUUGCACAAUUUGCCAGUCUUCGAUGGCACAAAAAGCGAGAGCACAGCUCCGAGGGGCAAGCGGACGACAAGUAGAACCUUCAACUACUCAAAGUUCUGCUCUGCACUUUAUAAUGUUUACAAAGCAAUCGUAAGGCGUUACUUUUGUGUCCGUGUACUUAAAGUUAUUGCCGUCUAGCAUACCCCUUUCAUAUCGUUAAUCUGGUUCUAAGUAAUGUAUUUAUAUGCUAUUUAA